UAUGUAAUCUUGGAAGUUGCAGUACGCUGUCUGCAGGGUUUGGCUCUGCUGGGGAAGGGCUGGGGCUUGCUGAGACCCUGACUGCUGGUGUCAGUCUCAGUCCUGGGGUAGAUGAGUGGGAAUUGUCCCAGACUCCUUAAAGUAGCCAGGCACCUCCCCACUAGUACCUGAUACAUAAAUACUUGCCAUAUUUUGGAUCUUUUGGUAAUGCCUUUUGAUAAUGGCUACAGAGUGGGAUAGUGUUUGGACAAGUGUGACAAGGAAUAUAACCUGCUUAUGAAUGUGCCUAGCUAGAGAAGUACAUAAAUGCACCUUGGUGAAAACUGAGCUUCUGCAGAAAGGCUGGUGUGUGUUCUUGAGUUUAGAAUCUCAGUUUUGGGCUUACAUGCCUGCCUGACACUUUUGAGUCAAUGGUUAAUUACAGGGUGACCACAUCUGGUCUUAGAUUUGGUUCUGUUCCUCAGAUGGAGUUUUUAAAUUGCAGAAGCUUGGGCUUUUUUUUUUUUUUUUCUUUUUUUUGGUAAUAUAAUAACACUGUAUUUUUUUUUCAUUUUUCCCCAUCUAGUUUUGUAUCAAGACCUUGAGAAUAAAACACACAUGGCACAAAUCGUAACAUUUUUUCAGAUGCUGUUAGUUCUGCUACUUCAUGAUUAUAUCUCAGCUGAAGAUGGCGAAACAAGAGCAAGUUGCAGAACUGCUCCAGCAGAUUUAGUUUUUAUUUUGGAUGGCUCUUACAGUGUUGGCCCAGAAAACUUCGAAAUAAUCAAAAGUUGGCUUGUCAAUAUUACAAGAAAUUUUGACAUAGGGCCAAAGUUUAUCCAAGUUGGAGUUGUCCAGUAUAGUGAUUACCCUGUGCUUGAAAUUCCCCUUGGAGCUCAUGAAUCCACUGAGAACCUCAUCAGGGAAAUGGAGUCUAUACACUAUCUGGGAGGAAAUACAAGAACAGGAAGAGCUAUUCAGUUUGCCUUUGACCAUCUUUUUGCAAAAUCUUCACGUUUUUUAGCAAAAAUAGCAGUUGUUCUCACUGAUGGAAAGUCCCAAGAUGAAGUCAAAGAUGUAGCAGCAGAAGCAAGGAAAAAUAAGAUCACUUUGUUUGCAAUUGGUGUUGGCUCAGAAAUUGAGGAGGAUGAACUUAAAGCUAUUGCCAAUAAACCUUCAUCAACUUACGUAUUUUAUGUUGAAGACUAUAUUGCAAUAUCAAGAAUUAAAGAAGUUAUAAAACAGAAACUCUGUGAAGAAUCUGUUUGUCCGACAAGAAUUCCAGUGGCAGCUAGAGAUGAAAAAGGAUUUGACAUUCUUGUAGGAUUAGGUGUGAAGAAAAAGGUUAAAAAGAGAAUUCAAAUAUCAACCACUAAUGCAAAAGCUUAUGAAGUAACCUCACGUGUUGACCUCUCAGAAUUAACAAGGAAUGUGUUUCCAGAAGGUCUCCCUCCAUCCUAUGUGUUUGUUUCCACUCAAAGAUUUAAAGUAAAAAAGACAUGGGAUUUGUGGAGAGUCCUGAGCUUAGAUAAGAGACCACAGAUAGCAGUCACUGUUAAUGGAGAAGAGAAAACAUUAGCAUUCACUACAACAAGUUUAAUAAAUGGCACACAAGUUAUUACAUUUGCUGCACCUCGUGUAAAGACAUUGUUUGAUGAAGGCUGGCAUCAAAUUCGUCUCUUAGUAACAGAAGACUUUGUAACUUUGUAUAUAGAUGGCCAAGAAAUUGAAACAAAGGCAUUACAUCCUGUUUUAGGUAUUUACAUCAGUGGCCUAACCCAAAUAGGAAAGUAUUCUGGAAAGGAGGAAACGGUACAGUUUGAUAUACAAAAACUGCGAAUCUACUGUGACCCAGAGCAAAAUAAUCGAGAAACACUCUGUGAGAUCCCAGGAUCUAAUGGAGAGUGUAUGAAUGGUCCCAGUGAUGUAGGCUCAACACCUGCCCCCUGCAUAUGCCCACCAGGAAAGCAAGGACCUCCAGGCCCCAAAGGUGACCCUGGGCAGCCUGGGAAUCACGGUUAUCCUGGUCUGCCUGGUCCAGAUGGUAAGCCUGGAUACCAGGGAUCAGCAGGAACUCCAGGUAUCCCAGGAACUCCAGGGAUUCAAGGACCUCGUGGCUUGCCAGGUAUCAAGGGAGAACCAGGAAAAGAUGGGGCAAAGGGUGACAGUGGACUACCUGGUUUUCCUGGAUUACAUGGGAUGCCAGCACCAAAGGGAGAACGAGGUCCUAAAGGAGAUCCAGGAGUCCCAGGAAUAUAUGGAAAAAAGGGUUCAAAAGGAGAGAAGGGUGAUACAGGGUUUCCAGGAAUUCCCGGUCGAUCUGGAGACCCUGGCAGAAAUGGGAAAGAUGGAUUACCGGGCAGUCCUGGCUUCAAGGGAGAAGUUGGGCAGCCUGGAUCUCCAGGCCUAGAAGGACAUAGAGGAGAGCCUGGAAUUCCUGGAAUUCCUGGAAAUCAAGGAGCAAAAGGACAAAAGGGUGAAAUUGGACCACCAGGUCAACCAGGAGCAAAAGGGUCUCCAGGAGAUACUGGUUUGAUGGGACCAGAGGGUUCACUUGGUUUACCUGGAGCUCCUGGGCCUAAGGGUGAUAAAGGCGAACCAGGAAUACAGGGGAAACCAGGAUCAUCAGGAGCCAAGGGAGAUCUAGGAGUACCAGGGGCUCCAGGUGAACCAGGCUACCCAGGCAUUCCUGGUGCCCAGGGAUUAAAGGGAGAGAAAGGAAACCAAGGUGACACUGGUAUCCAGGGACUGAAAGGUGAAAAAGGAAGACAAGGAAAUCCAGGCUUACAGGGAGUAGAAGGAUUGAGUGGAGAACGAGGAGAGAAAGGUGAGAAAGGAGAUCCAGGCAUUCGAGGCAUCAGUGGACAAAAAGGAGAAUCUGGUGUCCAGGGUUUGAUUGGACCUCCUGGUCUCAGAGGUCAGCCAGGAGAUAGAGGACCCCCAGGACCACCUGGAUCAGAUGGAAAACCUGCACGAGAAUUUUCAGAAGAGUUUAUUCGACAGGUGUGUUCAGACGUACUUAGAACCCAGUUGCCUGGCCUUCUCCAGAGUGGAAGACUACAAAACUGUAACCAUUGUCAGUCCCAAAGUGCUCCCCCAGGACUUCCAGGACCACCAGGUCCAAGAGGCCCUGAAGGUCCAAGAGGGUUUCCUGGUUUACCAGGGAAUGAUGGCAUUCCAGGGCUGAUGGGCAUGCCAGGUCGCCCUGGGGCUCGUGGGACAAGAGGACUUCCAGGGAAGAAUGGUGCAAAAGGCAAUCAAGGAGUUGGUGCUCCUGGGAUCCAAGGCCCCCCAGGACCUCCAGGUCCUGAAGGUCCACCAGGCAUGAGUAAGGAAGGACGUCCUGGAGAGCGUGGGCAGCCUGGUAAAGACGGAGAUCGUGGCACUCCAGGAAUGCCAGGACCAGUUGGACCUCCUGGAAUUUGUGACCCAUCACUGUGUUUUAGUGUAAUUGUGGGGAGAGAUCCAUUUAGAAAAGGACCAAAUUAUUAA